AUGAGCUCUGUUUCCAGUGACGGCGAGCUCAACGUUCCACAGGAAGUCAUCAAUGAAUUCUGGGAGAAUCUCAUCACGAAGAAACCAGCCAAGGUCACCAAGAUCUUUCCUUCCAGUCUAUACGCCCAUCUACUUCCACCAAAACGCAAGCAAGGCACAGCCAUAGGAAAAAAUGCGGCAGAGUCAUACCAAGCUGCGGCCAACGAAUGUCGCGCUCGUGUCAAACGUGUUGUGCGAGAAUGCCACCGAACGAAUGAGAAGUUCACGGACCCCGAGUUCGACAUCGAGGACUUGUCAGACAAGAACUGUCUCGAGGGGUUGAUGCACUACUACGAAGAGCAACCGGUCGCAGCUGCCUCAUCAGUGAGCCCGAGACAACUGGGGGACGCGCUUUCGACUCUCAUUCGAGCGGAUGUGCUCAUGCAGAACAUAGCACCUAUCGAUUUCGCCACCACGGCAAAAGUUCUGGCUUCUGGUGGCGAGGAAUACAGCUCUGGACCAGGAUCGGUGCACCGUGUGCACUGGGUGUUUGACAACCCCAAGUUUGAGAUUGACGGUUUCACGAGCUCCGACGUAGUGCAGGGCUCCAAUGGCGAUUGUUGGUUCAUUGCUGCUGUAGCAACGAUCUGCAGUAACCCAGACCUCAUCAAGAAGGUUUGUGUUGAGAGAGACGAGGAAUGCGGAGUCUAUGGCUUUGUCUUCUACCGGGAUGGCGAAUGGAUUUGGACCGUGGUGGACGAUAACCUGUACCUCAAGUAUAAGAACUUUGACGCCUACGGCGACAGAUACGAUCCGACAGGCGCGAUAGAGAAGAGGGACAAACAAAACAACCUGACGGGGUCAGACGCACUGUACUUCGCCUCAUGUGCCGACCAGAACGAGACUUGGCUCCCGCUGCUGGAGAAGGCGUAUGCGAAGGUCCACGGCGACUACGAUGCCAUUGCUGGCGGCAUAAGUGGUGAAGCGAUAGAAGAUCUGACGGGUGGUGUUACAACGAUGAUUCUCACAGAUAGUAUCUUGAGCAAGGAGCGCCUCUGGAAGGAGUUGGUACAAGUCAACAAGCAGUUCCUUUUCUCCGCCUCGUCACCUGCUUCUUACGGGGAUGGCUCCAAUGUAAGACGAGGCCUUAAAUUAAGCCAUGCCUACUCCAUCAUCAAGGCUGUCGACGCAGAGGGCGAAGAUGGCAAGAGCCACAGAUUGGUUUUGAUCAGAAACCCAUGGGGCAAGAGAGCCAACGCGGCGAUGGGCGAAUGGACUGGCCCAUGGUCUGACGGGUCGAAAGAAUGGACGCCGUACUGGAUGAAGAAGCUGGGCCAUGAAUUCGGCGACGACGGACUCUUCUGGAUGUCGUACGCAGACCUUCUCAGCCGCUUCGAUCUGCUUGAUCGCACGCGGCUCUUCAACGAAGAGUGGACUGUGGUCCAGCGAUGGACAAGCUUGUCAGUCGCAUGGGUAACGGGCUAUUUAAACACCAAGUUCUCCGUCGAGAUCAAAAAGGCCGGCCCGACGGUAUUCGUGCUCUGCCAGCUCGACGAUCGUUAUUUCUACGGCCUCGAGGGAAAAUACAGCUUCGACCUCCACUUCCUCCUGCAGGAAGCAAACUCGCCCGCCGGCGACCACAUCGUCCGCGCCCGCGGCGCCUGGUUCGGCAACCGCAGCAUCUCGGCCGAAGUCGACCUCGAGCCCGGCAUCUACGAGGUCAUCCCCAAGAUCGAAGCUUCCCGCGACGCGAGCGUCCCCGAGGUCCACGACGUCGUGACCAAAGUCGCCGAGCGCAACCCGCAGAAACUGAGGCAGAUUGGGCUGAACUACGAUAUCGCGAAUGCAAAGGGCGUGGUAACGCUGUCUGAUGAGGAGCAGAAGAAGAAGGCGCAGAAGAAGAGAGAUGACGCCGAGAAGAAGAAGAAGGAUGACGAGAGGGCGGCGAAGGAGAAGGCGGAUUUCGAGGCGUGGAAAGCAGACGACAAGGCCGAUUACGAGGCGUGGAAGAAACACAAGGCCAAGCACGCGGCGGAGAAAGAACAAGUGCCCACAGCCCCGGCCAAAGACGAGGAGGACGUCAAGAACGACGAGAAAGUCAAGAAAGAAGAUUCUGCUACUGCGCCUCCCACUGAAAACGUAACCGACAAGCAAGAAUCCCCAUCCACCAUCUCACCCACCAGCCCCGACGACAUCCCACAACCUCACAACACGCACGAACAUUUCAACACCGCCUCCCCCCCGCACAGCGUCUACACCCCCUCCCCGCCCGCGACUCCGCAACCUCCACCCACACAAGACACCAAACCCAAGCCCUGGAACGCCGUGUGCGUACUCGGCCUGCGCGUGUACACGCGCGACGCUGGCGUGAGUAUCGCGCUCGUGAAGCCGCGGGACGACGAGGAGGGGGCGAUAUUGGAUGUUGAUGGGGGGACGGCGGCGGGGGCGACUAUGUAA